AUGAAUUUGGCACUAACGGAUCCGUUUGUUCUUGCACAAGAUUAUCCAGAAUCAUCGACUCUCACUCUUCGCAGCGGCCAUGCUUCCUGCGUGCGCUUCAAUCGCAAAGGCGACUUUCUUGCCGCGGGCCGCACUGAUGGCACAGUCGUGAUUUUUGAUGUUGAGACCAACGGCAUAGCACGGAAGCUCAAAGGACAUACACGACAAGUGCAAUCGCUAAGUUGGUCGCGCGAUGGCAGAUUUCUACUCACAUCGAGUCAGGAUUGGACAUGUAUUAUUUGGGAUUUGAUGGACGGGAGUAUCCUGAGGACUGUACGAUUUGAGGCACCGGUAUACUUGGCAGAAUUCCAUCCUUGGACACAUUUGAAGAUAUUAGUCUCAUUGUUUGAAGAUCCGCCCCUACUGGUAGAUCUUACGAACCUCCAAGUAGUGAAAUACAUUCUACCUUCAACUAUUAAAAAACGAACAGUAUACGGAGAAGACGAAUCAAAACCGAUCGCACCACAAACCACAACAGUCGCAAUCUUCACCGCCUCGGGAGAUCACAUUCUUUCGGGUACUAAUAAAGGGUGGCUGAACAUAAUAGAAGUGGCUACGAGGACGGUCAUUUACUCUACAAAGCUGUGCACCGGCGUGUUACUUUAUAUGAGGCUUACAACUUCUGGACGAGACGUGGUAGUCAAUGCUCAGGACAGAAUUAUUAGGACGAUCCAGAUACCGAAUUUAUCAGCUGAGGAUCUGGACCCUGAUACGAUAGAUAUUGAAGUCGAGCACAAAUUUCAAGAUGUGGUCAAUAGGCUGAGUUGGAAUCAUGUAGCGUUCAGUGCAACAGGCGAAUAUGUAACGGCUUCAACAUUCAACAACCACGAUAUUUAUAUAUGGGAAAGAAAUCACGGAAGUCUGGUAAAGAUUUUGGAAGGGCCCAAGGAAGAGCAUGGGGUGGUUGAAUGGCAUCCUCACAAGCCGAUGAUUGCGGCAUGUGGUUUGGAGUCAGGAAGAAUACACAUUUGGUCCAUAGUUCCGCAGCAAAGAUGGUCAGCUCUAGCACCGGACUUUGCUGAAGUCGAGGAAAAUGUUGAGUAUAUUGAGAGAGAGGACGAAUUUGAUAUUCAUCCCCAGGAGGAAAUUCAUAAAAGGAGAUUGGAUGCCGAGGACGACGAUAUAGAUGUUCUAACGGUUGAACCAAUCAAGGGUGAUGUAAUCGACGAAGACAACGCAUUCAGGAUGCCGGUACAACUCGAUGGUGAUGAUACCGAGAGCGAAGAAGAGUUUGUAGCUGUAGGCAGGGGUGAAAUGAGAAGGAAAAGUCCAUCGGAUGGACGCAACUACCAACUUGAUUCGGAAGCAAUUGGCAGUGCAGAUGAACAGCCUCGAAGGAAGAAAGGUAGAAGACGUUGA